AUGCAUAAUGCCUAUACGUGCAGCAAGUCUACACCCCUGGAGGAUGACCGGUGCCCCAGCGAGCUUCUAAUGGGACGCCGCAUUAGGUCCCGUCUUCCUGACUUCACGCCAGCAGUUCCAAAACCAGCCAGAAAACACACACAGGAUAACACUAAAGGAUGUUUUUUGAAGCCACUACGGGAAGGUUACGUGGUACGUCUGAGGGACAAAGGACAGUGGGUCACAAAGGGCCAAGUGUUAAGGAACGUGGCGCCUCGUUCUUCACUGGUUGUCACGGAGGAUGGCCGGGAAUAUCGACGCAACAGAGAACACCAGCGACCAACGAAUGAAGACCUGCAGAGUUCCGAUCACUUUGAGGAGCACCUGGAAGAUUCCCCAGCCUGUACCCUGACCAGCAUUCAAGCUACACCGGCUGCAUUGACCCCAACAGUGCAGCAUGAUGAUCCAGCCAUCCCAACCACAGUCGCUACUUCAACGAGAACUCCGACCAACUCCCCAGCUGCAGUCAACUCCACAGCGAGAACAGAGGAUGAUCUGGCUAGUGAACUUAGACCAUGUGUUGCUCGGACAUCAACCCGAACUGUGCGGCGACCCCAAAGGCUAAACUACGAUCAGAACUUCCAGCAGCAAGCUUAACGGGCUUUUGAGUUAUUGCUUUUUAUAUUUCAUGUUUUGUGUAUUUUGUUUAUUUUCGUAUGUAUUUCUUGUUGGUUUUUCAUAGUCCAAAGAAAGGGAGAUGUAACAGUCAUGAUACUAGCGCCACCGCCACAC